AUGCUGAAUGAUACGGUAAUCGUCACCAUCGAUUCACUACCAACGACCACCAGAAAAGAAGAUGCCUGGAAUUAUUACUCAAGCUUGAUGCCAUACUUCAAUCGAAAAAAUAUUGCAGCACCUGAGUUUCGCGUAUGGUCUCCCACUACACUACUCGGUCAGGCUCUUAGCAGCUUAACUACGGUUGAUCGGACGGGAAACGGUGCUUUCUGCUAG